AUAAUCAACACUAGCAGAAGUAAGAAAUUGCUGUGACGAAAUCUUGGAUCUCGGUAAGUUUCCAGUUAACUAAUUUCCCAACCGUUCUAAUUUAACUUGGGCCGGUUUAACGAUAAUAACGAACCCUUGAAUUUAGCUUUAAUAAUCCCACACUCGACCUCUAAUGUUAUCUGUUAACCUCUAUUAUUUUCUCAGUCUUUACCAACUUUGUUACCGAUCGGGAAAACUUAAUGCGCUCGUUGUUAUCACGUUGUCAAUUCCUCCUGUUGAACCUCACCACCAAACGUAUGUACGGUUUAUGCACAUACACCUCCUUGGUACUCUGAAAUUAACGCAUUCACGAAAAUCCUAUUUUCACCCACAGACAGCGUUCUUACACUAAAUGACUAUAUUCAUAGCACAGUUUUGGCGUAAAACAUUCCGAGCCAACAGUCUCUUAAAUUCCUAUAUACUGCGAGUUAUUUUGUGACGUUCAGUGUUCAGUGUUGUUAUCCAAUGGUAUUCUGACCCUGCGAACCUCUUUAAGCAGAAGAAAUUUGCUUGAUCUACAGUUUUUUUUUUUUUUUUUUUUUUUUUUUUUUUUUUUUUUUUUUAAGGUUCUCUCCCGGUAUGGCUGACAUCGCCAUGAGAAUCGCCUCCUUGUGCGCCGUGCUUAGUCUGUUGGUAGUAUUGUUCUCGACCACAGAAGUGAACUCGUGCUACGUAAAAACUAAUGGUUGCUCUAUACCAGGAAACCUUCCAUUCUUCUACAAGAGGACAUUUAAACCAGCUUGUGACAAACACGAUGUCUGCUACUACUGUGUAAGACUUGCGGCUUCAUUUUCUUACUACAAAUUUAUCAGAAUGACGGCAACAAUGUCUCACCUUCACAAAUAAGGAUAGCUUUACUAGGCAAAUUAACAGUUGGAUGCUACAUACGCAAAUCCAGAACAAAAGAUAAAUAAAUAAAUACAUGAUGCCAUGCUACAUACCCAAAUUUAGAACAAAGGACAAAUAAAUAGAUUAAUGUGCCUAAACACUACAGUGACCAAAAUACAGCAAUAUCAUAAAUAUCUUUGAGUAGCUAGUAGAAAAUUGGAGCUAAGAUAAACUAAAUUUAACUGCUUAAUAUUUGGCGAUUUUUAUUUUUAGAAAAUACUGAAUACUGAAGGGCAUUUUCAUCGGUCGUUGCCUAUUAUCUAUUAGAGAACACUAAUGCCAUAAAUAAUUUUUUGCCGUUGUUUUUUUUGUUCUUGUCUUUCACACGAUUAUUCCAGAUCGAGCAAAUGUAGUUUGCAGGAAAAAAGUUUAGACAACCAAAAGUUUGGGAAAUGCCUAAAUUUUGCAAAAUUAGAAAACUAACGUACUGCAACAUCCCAGGGCAAGGAUUUGUUUUUAUUAUUCCUUUUAUUUACUUAUUUUUUUUUCUGUUACUAAAUAAAACAAAUAGAUUCCAUUAUAUAAUCGAAAAUGAUUUUUUGAGUGCCUGCACAUUAAAGCGCAGGAAAACAAAGCUUGGUUUGACGUUCAAGUUCCUCUAUUUUUUCUUUCUUUCUUUCUUGUAGGGUCGACAUUACAGGUGGAAGCGAGACCAAUGCGACGAAGCAUUUAAGGACGACAUGAAGAAGGUGUGCGGAAGAUUCAGGGGGCCCAAAAACUGGGCGUGUAAGGGGUUUGCAGACGUCUACUACGGUGCAGUAAGAGUUGGUGGGGCUUUGUUCUUUAAAAGCCCAACUCAAUCAUGGUGCAAAAAUACGUGCGCAAAGAAUCGUGGAGAUCCAAACAAAACUCUCUAG